AUGGUCAGCUCCUGUUGUGGCUCUGUCUGCUCUGAGCAGAGCUGUGGCCUGGAGACCUGCUGCCGCCCCAGCUGCUGCCAGACCACCUGCUGCAGGACCACCUGCUGCCGCCCCAGCUGCUGCGUGUCCAGCUGCUGCAGGCCCCAGUGCUGCCAGUCUGUGUGCUGCCAGCCCACCUGCUGCCGCCCCAGCUGCUGCAUCUCCAGCUGCUGCCGUCCCUCUUGCUGUGAAUCCAGCUGCUGCCGCCCCUGCUGCUGCCUGCGUCCAGUCUGUGGCCGAGUCUCCUGCCACACCACUUGCUAUCGCCCAACCUGUGUCAUCUCCACCUGCCCCCGCCCCUUGUGCUGCGCCUCCUCUUGCUGCUAA